UUCCCUUAUUCCAAUCAUACUAGGAAUUGAAUUGAAGCUGCCAAGUUUCAAUCUCCAAGAAACGGCCUCGAUAUUUAAUAAUCUUCCUUACAAAAAAGCUUCGCAACAAAAAUCCAAUUCCUUUAAUGGCCAAUCAGUCCUCCUCCUCUUCGUCUUCCUCUUCCUCCUCCUCCUCCUCCUCCUACCCAAUUCUCUGCGCUUCCUUCAACCAGGACGCCAGUUGCUUUGUGAUAGGGACAAGGGAUGGUUUCAAAGUCUUUGACACGAAUACAGGAAGACUCUGUUAUGAACGAGCUAUUGGAGCCUUCAUUAUUGUUGAAAUGCUGUUUAGCUCCAGUCUUCUUGCCAUUGUUGGAGCUGGUGAACAGCCAUCUUUAUCUCCCCGCCGUCUUUGUUUGUUCAAUACAAGAACUGGAACUGCUCUCCGAGAAUUGAAUUUUUUGACUUCAAUACUUGCUGUUCGCAUGAAUAAGAAAAGGCUUGUUGUUGUUUUGCAAGAUAAGACAUAUGUCUAUGAUUUAAAUACUGUUAAAAUCUUGGACUCUAUUGAUACAGUGCCAAAUCUAAAAGGGCUUUGUGCAUUCUCACCCAGUUUGGAUAGUUGCUUCUUGGCUCUUCCUGCUAGCACUGUCAAAGGGUCUGUGUUGUUGUACAAUGUCAUGGAGCUCCAGUCACAUUGUGAGAUAGAUGCACAUCGUGCACCUCUGGCUGCAAUUGUCCUUUCUUCCAAUGGGAUGUAUAUAGCAACUGCUUCUGAACAGGGAACCAUAAUCAGAGUCCAUUUGGUUUCAGAUGCAAGUAAGUCAUAUAGUUUUCGGAGGGGGACAUACCCAUCAAAUAUAUUUUCCUUAUCAUUUGGGCCAUCUAUGCAACUUCCCGAUAUUCUUGUGGCCACAAGUUCUUCCGGUUCUCUUCAUGUUUUCUCCAUGGGAUUUGCUAUAAAUCAAAGGAAAUCAAGUAGUAUUCUUGGAUCAAUAAUACCUGACUCUGUUGCUGAUGCACUGGAUCCAACUCACCAUCAAGUACUUCAAUGUGCUGUUACAGCAGGAGUCAAAAGCAAUUCAGUGAUUCGCAAAGUUGACAAGGUUGUUGCUGAUUCGUCCACAUCUGAAAUUGUAUCUUGCAAGGCUACCAUAUCCAUAAUUACCUACAAUGGUUACUUCCAGGAGUACAGCUUAAGUAUCAACCAGCAGAAUGACCCUGUGUGGACUUUGGAGCAUGAAUUUAAUCUUUUAACAGUGAUCUCAGAUAAUGCCAUUAGUUUAUGAUCAAACGUUGCAUGACAUCAACCUUUGAAGUCUGCAUGUUUGUGUUACUACAUGCUAUCCUCUGACCUUUCAGCUCGCAGGAUCUCAUUGCAUAUAUAUUGUUGCUUACGUAACAAAACCGAUCAAUGAAGUUAUGAAACCGAGGAAAGAGAAUUGUUGAAAAUGGUUGUCCAGUGCAAGGGAUUAGCCAUUAAGGACGAUGAAAGACUUCAAGAUGCAAGUAUUUAAGACGUUUGUAUAAGUUAUUCAAUGCAUGUUCCUUGUACAACACUUUCUUAAUAUGAAGUUCUUGUUGGCAUGGAAAUAUGUGUAAAGCAAGCUUUGAAUUUAAAGAGCAUCCUUGUAAAUAUUACUUUGGCAAGCAUUCAGUUAUAAUCUUACCGGUAAGAAAAUUGUAAUAAUAUUAUGUAUAUUGCUAUAAUGUCCACUUUAAGAUGAAAUCUUCAACUUUUUCA